GGAGAGGGGUGGAGAUUUGGUAACAUGACAUGAAAAAGGAACUCUGUGUGUUCAGUCGGUUCAGACUCCAUUUUGGCGACCAAGCAGAAGGAGGGAAACAGAAGGCUGAGGCAGGACUGACUUCAGAUCAGAAGAUGAGUGAUUUGGAGGAAGAGGAGGACAGAGCAGAGUCUGUAAUGUCUGGCUGUCUCACUCUGAAGAGUGAUCAGUCCAAAGGUCUUCCUCUACUCUUCAGCAAUGAUCCUGGACCCUCAGACACAAAAUGGACUUCAGAUCAGAAGAUGAGUGAUUUGGAGGAAGAGGAGGACGGAGCAGAGUCUGUCGUAUCUGGCUGUCUGUCUCUGAAGAGUGAUCAGUCCAAAGGUCUUCCUCUACUCUUCAAUAAUGAACCUGGACCCUCAGACAAAAAAGUUCAGAACAACAGACGGAGAGCAGAGUCUGUAAUGUCUGGCUGUCUGUCUCUGAAGAGUGAUGAGUCCAAAGGUCUUCCUCUACUCUUCAGUAAUGAACCUGGACCCUCGGACACAAAAAAGAGGAAGAGGAGUGAUGUUUCUGAGAAGAUGCACCCGUCCGGAUUCCAAACCAGAGCUGGAUUGCAGGAAGCCGGUCGGACCAGCACUGUUCAAAUGAUUGGUGUUCGACAUAAGAUCAUUCUGAAGAGGACAUUUAAACUUGUGACUGAAGGAGUUGAUAAAACAGGAAGUGAAAUCCUCCUCAAUAGGAUCUACACUGCACUCUACAUCACAGACGGACAGAGUGAAGAGGUUAAUACCCAACAUGAGGUGAGGCAGCUUGAGACAGCUUCCAAGAUGGAGACCCUCCAUGACACUCCAAUCAAGUGCAGCGACAUCUUUAAAGCCUUUCCAGACCAACAGAAACACAUCAGAGUCGUUCUGACCAUCGGCGUUGCUGGCAUUGGAAAAACCUUUUCAGUGCAAAAGUUCUGUCUGGACUGGGCCGAGGGUUUGGAAAACCAAGAUGUCAGUCUGGUGAUUCCUCUUUCCUUCAGGGAGCUGAACUUGAUCAGAGAUGAGCAGUACAGUCUUCUGGAGCUGCUCCAUGUUUUCCAUCCAACAUUACAGGAGCUCACAGCAGAGCAGCUUGCUGGAUCUGAAGUUCUCUUCGUCUUUGAUGGCCUGGAUGAAAGCAGACUUUCACUGGAUUUCAACAACAAUGAGGCGGUUUCUGAUGUCACACAUAAGUCAUCAGUCAAUGUGCUGUUGACAAACCUCAUCCAGGGGAAGCUGCUUCCCUCGGCUCUCGUCUGGAUAACUUCCCGACCUGCAGCAGCCAAUCAGAUCCCUCCUGCGUGUGUCGACAGGAUAACAGAAGUACGAGGCUUCACUGACGACCAGAAGGAGGAGUACUUCAGGAAGAGAGUCAGUGAUGAAGAGCUGUCCAGCAGAAUCAUCUCCCACAUCAAGACAUCCAGGAGCCUCCACAUCAUGUGUCUGAUCCCAGUCUUCUGCUGGAUCACUGCUACAGUUCUGGACCACAUGUUGACUACAGACCAGAGAGGAGAGCUGCCCAAGACCCUGACUGACAUGUACUCACACUUCCUGCUGGUUCAGACAAAGAGAAAGAAGCACAAGUAUGAUGAGGGACAUGAGACAAGUCCAAAGGAGCUGACGGAGGCCGACAGUGAAGUGAUUCUGAAGCUGGGGAGGCUGGCGUUUGAACAGCUGGAGAAAGGAAACAUCAUGUUCUACCAAGAAGACCUGGAGCACUGUGGUCUGGAUGUCACAGAUGCCUUGGUGUACUCAGGAGUUUGUACAGAGAUCUUCAAAAGAGAGAGUGUGAUCUUCCAGAAAACAGUCUACUGCUUCGUUCAUCUGAGUGUUCAGGAGUUUCUGGCUGCAGUCUACCUGUUUCACUGUUACACCAACAAGAACACAGAGGUACUAGAGGACUUCCUGGGGAAGAUGGCUUUGGCUGAUGAUGGUGAUGAUGACUGGGACAAUGACCAUUACCAAUCCCUGGAUGUCUUCCUGAAAAAAGUCAUGGAAAAAUCCCUUGAAAGUAAAAAUGGCCACCUGGACCUGUUUGUCCGCUUCCUUCAUGGCCUCUCUCUGGAGUCCAACCAGAGACUCUUAGGAGGCCUGCUGGGUCAGGUAGACAACAGUCCAGAAAUCCUCCAGAGAGCCAUCAACAACCUGAAAGAGAUGAACAUAUACAAGAUCUCUCCUGACAGAAGCAUCAACAUCUUCCACUGUCUAACGGAGAUGAACGACCACUCAGUUCAUCAGGAGAUCCAAGAGUUCUUGAAGUCAGAGGACAGAUCAGAGAAGGAACUCUCUGUGUUCCAUUGCUCAGCUUUGGCCUACAUGCUGCAGAUGUCAGAGGAGGUUUUGGAUGAGUUGGACCUGAAGAAGUAUAACUCAUCAGACCAGGGACGACUGAGACUGAUUCCAGCUGUGAGAAACUGCAGAAAGGCUCGACUUUCUGACUACUGGCUCUCUGAGACUCACUGUGAAGUUGUAGUCUCAGCUCUGAAGUCCAACCACUCCCAUCUGAGAGAGCUGGACCUGAGUAAAAACUACCAUUUGCUGGAUUCAGGAGUGAAGUCUCUGUGUGCUGGACUGAAGAGUCCAAACUGUAGACUAGAAUCUCUGAGAUUGACUUGGUGCAGCUUGUCAAAGAUCAGCUGUGCUUCUCUGGCCUCUGCGCUGAAGUCUAACCCCUCCCAUCUGAAAGAGCUGGACCUGAAUCACAAUGAGCUGCUGGAUUCAGGAGUGAAGCUGCUGUGUGGUUUUCUGGAGAGUCCACAAUGUAGACUAGAGACUCUGAGAUUGUGGGGCUGCAGUUUGUCAAAGAUCAGCUGUGCUUACCUGGCCUCAGCUCUAAAAUCCAACCCCUCCCAUAUGAGAGAGCUGGACCUGAGAGGAAAUGGCCUGCAGGAUUCAGAUGUGAAGCUGCUGUGUGAUCUUGUGAAGAGUCCACACUGUAGACUGAAAACUCUGGAAUGGUGGCCGUGAUCUCCCUCAGAGUGUUCAGAACGUUGGAUGUGUUGGGACACUGUCCUUCUACACUGUCUCUGCUAGUCUCACAUUGCCAGACCUAUGGCCACAGCGAUGCAGAGGAAGGUCUGGCAACAGGA